ACGUCCCGGGAAGGGAGGAGGGCGAGGGCGGCCAUUUUGAGCCGGGCCUGGAACGGAGGCUCGAUGGCCGGGCGGUCGCGAUUCGGUGGCGACUGAGGCGGUCAUGGAUGUGCGGAGACUGCGCGUCAACGAACUGAAGGAGGAGCUGGCCCGGCGCGGCCUCGACACGCGGGGGCUAAAAGCCGAGCUGGCCGAGCGGCUGCAGGCGGCGCUAGAAGCCGAGGAGGCCAGCGACGAAGCGCCGGAUCCGCUGUCGGACGGACACUAUGACAUCCACGGCGGAAUGCAUCAGGACAACCUGCAAGGAUACCACCAAAGUUACGAGCAGUGCAACAUAAAACAGGAGAACGAAUGCGGAUAUGAGAGGAGGCCUCUAGAGCCCGAUCGUCCUGGUUUACGUCCAGACGUGAAGCUGGAAGUGAAGCCGGAGGAGCUGGCCCAGGGCUAUAACACAGCAGCCUCGAGUUAUAGCCCACCUGCCUCUAACUACAACACGUUUGGUUCUGGCUACGGUGCCUCUGCCAUGAGUUACAACGCGCCCCCCUCCGGCUUUGGCUCUUCAGACUCGUCUCAGUCCUGGCAGCAGCAACCACAGCAAGGCCGGAAGAGGCCCUUCGAAGAAUCAAGGGGCCGCGGUUACUACGAACACCGAGAUGAUAAAAGGGGCCGAUCUCCUCAGCCGCCUGCUGAGGACGAUGAGGAAGAUUUUGAUGACACGCUGGUGGCCAUCGACACCUAUAAUUGUGAUCUGCAUUUCAAAGUUGCCCGGGACCGAUACAGUGGCUACCCUCUGACUAUAGAGGGUUUUGCUUAUUUGUGGUCAGGUGCCCGAGCCACGUACGGGGCAUGGCGAGGGAGGGUCUGUUUCGAGAUGAAGAUAAAUGAGGAAAUCUCUGUUAAGCAUCUUCCUCCCACUGAACCUGAUCCUCACGUCGUGCGGAUUGGUUGGUCGCUGGAUUCCUGUAGCACCCAGCUAGGUGAGGAACUUUACUCUUACGGCUACGGAGGCACUGGGAAAAAAUCCACCAACUGCAAGUUUGAAAACUACGGCGAAACCUUCACUGAGAAUGACGUCAUCACUUGCCUCGUGGAUUUCGAGUGCGGUGAUGAUGUUGAAAUGUCCUUCAUGAAGAACGGAAGGUGGCUCGGCGUGGCCUACCGGCUGCGGAAAGAGACCUUGGGCGGCCGGGCUCUCUUCCCUCACGUCUUGGUGAAGAACUGUGCCAUUGAGUUCAACUUCGGCCAGAGGGAGGAUGCUUUCUUCCCCGUCCCGCCGGGCUUCACCUUCAUCCAACACCUUCCCCUGUCGGAGCGAGUCCGGGGUACUAUUGGACCAAAGAGCAAAACAGAAUGUGAAAUCCUGAUGAUGGUGGGGCUGCCUGCUGCCGGGAAGACCACGUGGGCCAGUAAGCACGCGGCAGCCAAUCCGGCCAAGAAAUACAACAUCCUGGGAACAAACGCCAUCAUGGACAAAAUGAGGGUAAUGGGACUUCGACGCCAGCGCAAUUAUGCCGGCCGCUGGGAUGUCCUUAUCCAGCAAGCCACUCAGUGCCUAAACCGCCUGAUCCAAAUUGCGGCCCGGAAGAAACGCAACUACAUCCUCGAUCAGACAAAUGUUUACGGAUCUGCCCAGAGACGAAAAAUGCGCCCCUUUGAAGGUUUCCAGCGCAAGGCUGUUGUAAUUUGUCCCACGGACGAGGAUUUAAAUGACCGAACAAUAAAGCGCACUGAUGAGGAAGGGAAGGAUGUGCCCGAUCACGCAGUGUUAGAAAUGAAAGCCAACUUCACACUGCCUGAAGGGGGCGACUUUCUGGACUCGGUGAUCUACAUUGAACUACAGCGGGACGAAGCGGAGAAGCUGGUGAGGCAGUACAACGAGGAAGGCAAGAAGGCCGGCCCGCCGCCUGAGAAGCGCUUUGACAACCGGGGCGGCGGAGGAGGAGGCGGCUUCCGGGGUCGGGGCGGUGGUGGCUUUCAGCGCUUUGACAACCGGGGCCCGGCAGGAGGAAACCGUGGUGGCGGAGGUGGAGGUUUCAGAGGAGGAAACAGUGGCGGCGGCGGCAACAGCGGUGGCGGCGGCAGCGGCGGCGGCUUUAACAGGGGCGGAGGCUACAACCAGAACCGCUGGGGAAGCGGGAACCGAGACAGCAACAACAAUAGCAGCAGCAGCAGCGUCAACAAUCGGGGAAACUACAGCCGCAACAACCAGCAGCCAAGCAGCUACAGCCCGGCUCGGAACCAGAACACCUACAAGAGCAACAGCAGCUCGCUCCCCCCUGCCCCGCCGGCACCUCCCCCAGCCACUAACGCCCCUCCCAGUUCUUACAACCCAGGGCCACAGCAAAGCUACACCCAGCCCUACAACCCGCCACAUGAAUUUAAGCAAACCUCAUGUGACAGUUAUGCUCCAAGUUACAACUACGGGAGUUACAGCGGUUACAGCCAAAGCUACACCCAGCCCCCACCUCCCCCUCCGGCCCAGCCGACCUACAAUCAGCCCAACUACAACCAACAGUACCAACAGUACGCCCAGCAAUGGAACCAGUACUAUCAAAACCAGAGCCAGUGGCCCCCGUACUACGGCAGCUACGACUACGGGAGCUACACGGGCACGCAGGGAGGCUCCAGCGCCCAGUGAUAGACACCUGAUCCUCGAAGAGAGCCGAUCGUUGUGGCGUGUGAGGCAUUUCAGACUGUCGGGACCCUGGAGGGAAGUUCUCUCUGCCCUUGUCUCCUCUCUGUAGUUCCUGAGGGUAGCUGUGUUUUGACCUGUACAGCUAAAGGCAUGCUUCCUUCCCUUCCUUCCACCCCUCAUGAGGAAGUUGCAUUUCUUUAUCCUUGAUGAAGACAAUUCUCUCCCCACCCCGCUACCUUUUACAAUUUCUCUCGAUUUCAGAGAAGCUAGAAUUCCAACCCUCGCAUUCUUAGUCCACGGUUUCUACAGUAGCUCGGCUGCCUCUCUGAAGGUUCGCCACUUCCUUCUCUUUCUGCCCCACCCCGCACAGCUCAGCUAGCAGUCAUAAAUUCUAGGCACUUUUGGAAGCUCCUCCUGCAGUUUUGUGACCACCCGUCUUUGAGGUGUUUCUAUCUGUCUUUUUUUCUGCAAAUAACAAACCAGAGAGGGCGAAGAGGUGGCUGUCUUAUGGUAAUUACGACUCCCUCUUCUUUUUUCUUUUUAGAUUUUUUCUGUAACUUUUUACUAUGUUAGCAGCUGUUAAUAGUUCCUUCGAAGUAACAGUUCCUUUUUUGCUCAGUUCAGGAGAAGAGAAAACAAACGGGGGGGGGGGGGGGAUCAUCUUAAAUGUGUAACUUUUUAUACAAUGUCUAAGUUCCUGUAACUUUGCACAUGCUUUGUGUUGAGUUGAAAUGUAAUGGCUUUUUGUAUUUGGAGAAAAAAAAGAGUGAAUAUUGAACUUUAA